CCCGCCGCCUCUGCUCUCUUCUUACCUCUGCUCCAAGAAUCCACCAAGCUCACGGCGAGCACCACGGCCGGAACCCUACCUCCCUUACCAUCCUCCUCAUGGGGCCGACCGUCGUGGCAACCCGGAAGCGCGGCACGGAGUUCCUCCUCGACGACCCCUUCGACCUGCCUCGCCUUGCAAAGCGCGGCGGCCGGUGCUCGAUGUCGGCCGUCGCCGCCGACCUCGGCCUCAGCUUCCCGCUGGAGUUCGAUCCGGUCACCGCGCUCCAGCUCAUCUUCCCCGGCGCCGAUCCGCAGAUUCUUGAAGAACAUUUACAAGCGUCAGGAAAUGUUUUGGAAGCUGCAAUUAGAGCAUACAAAGAUUACCUGGUAGAUAGAAGCUCAGAAUCUACUUCUUCCAUAACAUAUGCUACAUCCAACGACGGCGCAGACGAUGGCGUCCUUUCUGAAGUUGAUCUGCCAGUGGCAAUUCCCACCAAUGGCUCUGAAUGGGCAGAGCUUAUUGUCAAGGAGAUGUCCUCUGCUUCAGAUUUGGUUGACGCCAAGAAUCGCUCCCUCAAGAUACUCAAGCUGAUGGAAAAAUCUGCUGCUAGGGUUAGUCCAGAUGAAAAGGGCAAAGUGCACAAGGAGCACAAGAUAGUGAAGCAGAUGCUGGGAGCCCUGCUUCACCAGAACGGUGUUCUGAAGCGGGCAUUCCUCAUACAGCACAAUCGGCUCAAGGAGUAUCAGGAGAUGGUGCAGGAGCGGUCUCAAUUCAACCAGAUUAUCGAGAAGUACCAGAAGCAAAUAAAGGCAUUAGAGGAGAAGAACUACGCCUUGUCAUUUCAUCUUCAGCAAGCGAACCAAUGCAGCAACACCUACAGGCAUCGCAAUCCAGACAUAUUCUAACCUACAUGUUGUUGGAGAAUGGAGAAUACUGCUGCAGAAAUUUAUGGGUCAAGCUUGGGCCUGAUUCCAGAAGGUCCUGAAACUGAGAGGAAAAACUUAUUCAGACCAAGAGAAAGAUAAUGAAAUAAAAGACAUGGUUCAUGGUUUUUGGGAUAUGUGUUUUUCAGGAUUCUGUGUAAAUCGUCAUAGUUGCUCUAGUUAUAUAAGUGAGCAUAAUCUGAGUGAGUAGAAAAAUUCAUGUACCAUUUUGUUAUAAAUUCUAAUACUGAAUUGUGAUUGUCUCCA